AUGACUGUACCUGAGAAUUCUGCUUUUCCUUUAGGAUACUUUUACAUUGUAUCCAAAUUAAAUGAACUCGUCCUUGAUAUUCGAGGUGAUCCUGACAAGGCCACGAUCUCUUCCAAAGUGGUGAUGGCAACCAAGAAGCCUGUUUCCCCUGAAAGAGAUAGUCAGCUUUGGAUCCAUCAAAAUGGCUUUUUGACCAACAAAUUAACAGGCCUGGUUUUGGACAUCAACAAGGCUGAAAGCUUUAUUGCUAUUUUCACAAAGGAAUGCCGCCUCUACUUGGAUAAAAUGAAGGAGCAAGAUGCUGCCAACGAUCAACGCUUCGGAUACGAUGCCGAGACCGGCUAUAUCUAUGCUUUAUCCGAUCCUGAUUUGGUGGUUGAUAUCCGCCACGAAGACAUCAACGAAGAUGCUCGUGUCAUGAUCUACAAAAAGAAGCCUUUAGAAGAAGCUAAAAACCAACUUUGGACUAUUGAGUUGGCUGACCCCCCUCGAAAAAUUGAUUCUGAUGACGAAGACGAAGAUGAUGGUAAGCGCGAACGUAUGAAGGCCUGGUUUGGUAACUGGAAGGGCUGGGGACACAAGAAACGUGAAGUUUUAUCCGAAAAAGAAUUGGAGGAAGCCAACAAGAAGGUCUACAAGGAGAAAAAGCCAAAGGCGAGCUACGAACUCAUUGCUGCUGCUGCUGCUUACGAAGCUGUCAAUGUUUGGGAGCAAAAGCAAAAAGAGGACGGAAAAGAUGUACACCAUGCUACUGCCAAAAAAUUCAUUGCUAGCUACGCUGCCAAAGAGCUUGUCAAGUUGCUCCAAGAACGAGGCGCAGAGGGCGAAAUUGAGCAUAAUGAGCACAAACGGGAUUUGAUUACCAACAUGACCAUGUCCGCAGCUACAAACUACUUUGAUUCCAAGCAUGGCUAUUAA